CUGGAGGAUCGAAGAGGCGGAACUCGUAAGUAACGCCGCUGUAACGUCCGGACGAAGCUGAAAGAGUUUUUUUUUUGUUAUUUUGCGACUGUUAUAUAUAAUGGCGGUCCAAUUAAAAGACAAAGAAGCUUAUCAAAGAAUGAACUAUCUGUACCAGGCUGCACAUUGUGUUUUAUCUGAAAACCCCAACAACGUGGAGCUGGCUCGGUUCUACUGCUUCACACAGAGGACGAUUGCCAGACGUUUAGUGCUCAGACAAGACCCAUCAGUGAAGAGAACAUUAUGCAAGAAGUGCAGCUCGUUGCUCAUCCCAGGUGUAACUGCUACAACAAGACAACGAAGAAAAAAGAACAAGACUCGCUUUACUGUGAUGAGGUGUCUCAGCUGUGGCCAGAGCAAGAGCUUGCUGAACAAUCCUGAUUACUGUUUAUGGGUCGACCGACCUGAAGCUCAGCUGGAGCAGCAAAAGCAGCCAGAUCAAGGAUCAUCUACUAAAAAUCAGCCAAAAGACACGGAGCCUGAUAAAUCACAAUCUUCUAAACCCAGUGCUGCUCAGAGUUCUGCCAGUACGUAGCAGCAACAGUUCCUCUCUCCUUCGUUUGAAAUAUGAACGACUGAUUUUUGAUUUAUUUAUUUUUUUGAAUGAAAUAUUGUGUAGCCUUAUCGUGAAACACAUAUCCAUAAUCUGAGGAAGUUACGUGAUAUUAUUUAUGAUGCAAGCUUGUAUUCAGUUUACUUCAUUGGCCCAUAUUCCUGUCUCUUUCUUGAUGCUACCACCUGGUGGCAACUAUAUGGCAUCAUGCACAUGUUGGAGAUAGUGGGUUUGUUCCAAUGGAAAAGCUUCAGUCGUGGUUUCAUUGAAAACAGGAGGCAAGAAAGGAACUAUUAAAUAGAUUUUUGCUCAAGUUUUUUUUUUAUCCCAAAUAUUCACAUUUUCCACACGACUUUGUGAAAUUGAAGUAAACAUAUUUUGGACAUUGAACACUGUUUGUCAAGUUUAGAUUUUUUGAAAUACAGAUCAUCUUUCACUUUU